AUGCUCCAGAUCCGUACUGUACUAUCGCGUGAGGCUGAUGCUACCACUUUGGAGUCGUAUGAGAACACUACCGAUGUAACCGAAUAGCUAUAGCCCUCCAGAACUUACUGGCACUCGCCCGUCUCGAUACUCCAGAUCCGUACCGUAUUAUCGGCUCAGGCUGAUGCUACUACUUUGGAGUCGUGUGAGAAUACUACCGAUGUGACCGAAUAGCUAUAGCCCUCCAGAACUUGCUGGUACUCGCCUGUCUCGAUGCUCCAGAUCCGUACUGUACUAUCGCGUAAGGCCGAUACUACCACUUUGGAGUCGUGUGAGAACACUACCGAUGUGACCUAAUUGCUAUAGCUCUCCAGAACUUGCUGGCACUCGCCUGUCUCGAUACUCCAGAUCCGUACCGUAUUAUCAGCUGAGGCUGAUGCUACCACUUUGGAGUUGUAUGAGAACACUACCGAUAUGACCGAAUAG